CGUUUUUCCGGUCACAGUCAUACUUCCUCUCACAGCAUCGGCGGACGGAGCAAGGAAGAGACAGUAGAAUGCUGGCCACCAGAGCCCUUCGCCUUAUUGGCAAACGUGCCAUUUCCACGUCUGUCUGUGUACGUGGCGGACAUGCAGGUGUUGCUAAGGUAGAGGACUACACUCUCCCGGCCUACUUUGACAGGCGGGAGAAUCCCCUCCCGGAAAUCUGCUAUGUGCAGAACCUGAGUCCAGAGCAGGCGUCCCUGAAGGAGAAGGAGAAGGGCUCUUGGGCUGCACUUUCUGAUGAGGAGAAGAUUGCAUUGUACCGCAUCAGCUUCAAACAGAGCUUUGCUGAGAUGACCCAGAGAUCCUCAGAGUGGAAGUCUGUGGUUGCAGGGGUGCUUUUCAUGAUUGGAGUCACUGGCUUUGUUGUGCUGUGGCAGAGAAAGUUUGUGUAUGGACCAGUCCCACACACAUUUGAUCCUGAGUACAAACAGGUGGAGCUGCAGAGGAUGUUGGACAUGAGAAUUAACCCAGUGGAGGGAUUCUCAGCCAAGUGGGACUACGAAAACAAGCAGUGGAAAAAGUAAAGAACCCAGAGGACCACAUCAACCUACUUGAACAUAACUGCAGACCAACUCCCAAGAUACAAGAAUACCUAUAUUUCUGUAUUUAUCCAUUGUCCACAUUACCUCAGUCUGUGCAUUUUUGGAAGACCUCUUCCUCUUAAGGUCAUUGUGUAUUAUAGAAAUAAGAAUAAAAAUGGUUAAACUGAUACAA